AUGGCUCCUUGUCCAAAUGUCAAGAAGGUUGAAAACACCUCCAUGGAGACAUCGGCCAACAAGGAUGGAAGUCGCAUCCCGAAAUAUCACUCGAGAGAGCACUCCAUCAAAUCACAACACCAGGAAUCCUUGAAAAAAGAAACCAAAAAUAGCAAAGAAGAAAAAUGGGUUCUCUGCAAGAACCGAUCGCAUAAUGGCCAAGAAGGAUUGAAAAACGGAUCUUCAAAGCCAAUCAGACAAUGA